UAGCACUGGAUGAGAAUUCAACAACUUCCUAGAGCUCACUAACGUGGCCAGCAGUAUGGAUUUUGUGAUGAAACAAGCCUUAGGGGGGGCCACGAAGGACAUGGGUAAAAUGUUGGGAGGAGAAGAGGAGAAAGACCCCGAUGCGCAAAAGAAGGAAGAAGAACGACAAGAAGCUUUACGCCAGCAAGAGGAAGAGCGCAAGGCAAAGCAUGCCCGCAUGGAGGCUGAACGGGAAAAGGUUCGGCAGCAAAUCCGUGAUAAGUACGGCCUGAAGAAGAAAGAGGAGAAAGAGGCAGAGGAGAAGGCAGCACUGGAACAGCCCUGUGAGGGGAGCCUGACACGACCCAAGAAAGCCAUCCCAGCUGGCUGUGGAGAUGAUGAAGAUGAGGAUGAGGAGAGCAUUCUGGAUACGGUGCUCAAGUAUCUGCCAGGUCCAUUGCAGGACAUGUUCAAGAAGUAG